AUGCCCACCAUAGGUCGUAUGGAUUUCUGGAGCCGAGUGAAGAACUCUCUGAUAUUCUUCAUUUCUGCCAUGAGGGAAUGGUGUAACCAUGCUCAGUAUGAUAACACAGUCAGGGAACAUUUUCCAGAAGGCUCUAGACCAGCGUUGUUUCAUCUUCAGUGGAAAGCAGAGCUGUGGUUUGUUAACUCUGACUUCGCCUUUGAUUUUGCCUGGUCCUUGCUUUCCAACACUGUUUAUACUGGAGGUUUAACCAUCAAACCUGUUGAACCAAUACCUCAAAGAAGUAUUGAUUUUGGGACACCAGUCAGAGAUUUUAAGCAGGUCCCUGUGGAAAUUAGGUGUGAGGAUGGCAGUGCAAGCCAUUAUCUACUGAUGGACCAAGUGUCUCAGAUUAUUCAAGAACAUGGUCAUGAUGUCACCAUGCUUACCCAUGAAGGACUUCUUGGGUCAGAUUUUAAAAAGGAAGAAAAGUCAUACCAAGUUAUCAGUUGGUUUCCACCUUAAGACUAUCAAAAAGAAAUGAUGAAGUGCACAGAUAUUUAUAUAGAAGAAUCUUUGAGUGGCAAAGAAGCAUUUGAAAACUUAUUAAAAAUCUAUGAAGAGUUUGGGGUUCAGUGCAGUCAUUUGCUAAGGAGAAGGGAUACCAUGGAUUCCUUAAAGAAUGGGAACUUCGACAUGGUGAUAGUUGAAGCUUUUGACUUCUGUCUUUUCCUGAUUGCUGAGAAGCUUGGGAAGCCAUUUGUGUCCAUUCUCCCCCCCACAUUUGGCUUUGUGGACUUUGGACUACCAAGCCCCUUGUCUUAUGUUCCAGUAUUUGGUUCCUUGGUGACUGACCACAUGGACUUCUGGGGCCGAGUGAAGAAUUUCCUGAUGUUCUUUAGUUACAUUAGGAAGCAAUGGCAAAUGCAAUCUGUGUUUGACAACACCAUCACGGAGCAUUUCUCAGAAGGCUCGAGGCCAGUUUUGUCUCAUCUCCUAUGGAAAUCAGAGCUGUGGUUUGUGAACUCUGACUUUGCCUUUGAUUUUGCCUGGCCCCUGCUUCCCAAUGCUGUUUAUGUUGGAAGCUUAAUGGCCAGACCUAUUAAACCAGUAUCACAAGACUUGGAGGACUUCAUCACCAAGUUUGGGGACUCUGGUUUUGUCCUUGUGGUCCUGGGCUCCACAGUGAGCCACUAUCAGACCCAGGAAGUUCUCAAGGAAAUGAACAGUGCCUUUGCUCACCUUCCACAAGGGGUCUUAUGGAAGUGUCAGCGUUAUCAUUGGCCCAAUGAUGUCAACUUGUCCACAAAUGUGAAAAUUGUGGAAUGGUUUCCUCGGAGUGACCUCCUGGCUCACCCCAAAAUUCAACUUUUUGUCACUCAUGGGGGACAGAAUAGCAUCAUGGAGGCCAUUCAGCAUGGUGUGCCCAUCGUGGGAAUCCCCAUAUUUCUAGAUCAGCCGACAAACAUGGUCCAAGUAGGGGCCAAAAAGUUUGGUGUCUCUAUUCAGUUACAGAAGCUCAAGGCAGAGACGCUGGCUCUCAAGAUGAAACAAAUCAUAGAAGACCAGAGGUACAAGUCUGUAGCAGUGGCCGGUAGUAUCAUCAGGUGCUCCCACCCUCUGAGCCCCACUCAGUGGCUGGUGGGCUGGAUCGAUCACAUUCUUCAGACAGCACACCUCAAGCCCUAUGCCUUCCAGCAGCCCUGGCAUGAACAAUACCUGCUUGAUGUCUUCUUGUUCCUGCUGGGGCUCACCCUGGGCACCACGUGGCUUUGUGGAAAACUGUUGGGUAUGGGGGUCAGGUGGCUACGUGGGACCAGAAAGCUGAAGGAGACCUGA